GCAUUCAACCACAUAGAUACACAAAAGCAGACGCCUGGGACAAUAUAAUGUAGGUCAGACAUGGUUAAAAGGCAGCAAGGCAGGUAUAUAGCUGGUCAUAAAGCCGUCCACUUGGUGUUCUUGUUUUCUCGGCUACAUACCGGUAAACUACUCAAGAAGGCACUAUUGAACCGAAAGUGGUGGGACGCACAAAGACUGGACCGCGUCAAUAAUUGAUCGCUCUCUUUCGGUCAGAACGUGGGACGUUUCAGAAGGGAGCUCUACAUGUGAUUCAGUGAGUUGCUUCAUCAGCAGCAGGCAAGGCAGCUGCAGUUCCCCUCGUAAACACACUCAUAUAGCCAGUGUGCAAGAAGGAACAAGGACAUACCUUUUUGCCAGGAAACAGGAGAUGCUAGGCGUUUGCACUUAAUAUCAUCGUUUGCCAUUGCAAAAAAAACUUCAUUUUUGAGAGUCUUAUUGUCGUUUUUGAUAGAUUCCAAUCGCCGGACAGAUCUGCCAAUAAAGGACUAUUUCUCCUGCUGGACCUGAAUGUAAGAUCGCGAGGAUAAAGAAGUCAGGAAUCAAAAGCCAUCAUCAUGGAUUUUGUUAUGAAGCAAGCGUUGGGAGGAGCUACCAAAGACAUGGGGAAAAUGCUGGGUGGGGAAGAGGCUGAGAAGGACCCUGAUGCGGAGAAAAAGGAGGAGGAACGACAAGAGGCACUUCGGCAACAGGAGGAGGAGAGGAAGGCAAAAUAUGCAAAAAUGGAAUCGGAGAGAGAAAAUGUCCGACAGGGCAUCAGGGAUAAGUACGGCAUCAAGAAGAAGGAGGAGAAGGAAGCCGAGGCCCAGGCUGCUUUGGAUCAGGCAGCAGAAGGGAGUCUCACCCGCCCAAAGAAGGCUGUCCCACCCGGCUGCGGAGACGAGGAGGAGGAGGAGGAAAGUAUCAUGGACACCGUCAUGAAAUUCCUUCCUGGUCCACUUAUGGAUAUGUUCAAUAAAAAGUAACAGUGUUGGUGGUAUUAGAUUGUUAACCUUCCAACACACAUAACCAACCCUUCUCCUUCACCCAUACAUCCCUGUUCCAAGAGCCCUGGUUGAAUCAAGAUGCCAUAAUAUUUGUCCUUAACUUAAAUGAUCUGUGUUACAUUGUCUUAUGUGGAAUGAAGACCACUGAUUGGUGAUACUAUGAGACCUAUGUAGCAUCUGCAUAGAUCCAAAACAUUAACUUAAAGACAAAUUUGAUGUCAGGUUUUCAAGGUGUCCAGGCCUUAGAAUGUGAUCUGAGAUCAACCAUAAUCCACCCUUUUUGUUUGUAAACAGCCUCUGGUUUAAAAUAAAUAUAUGUGAUUACCAGAAAAUAUAUUAAAAAGUCUAAGCCAUAAUUUAAACUUUUGAGAAAUUCUCCAAAUCAUAUCAAAUUUGAUUGAAUUUAGCUGUUUUUGCUUCUCCAUUGAGACUUCAUCCAUAUACUGUUCUACGUCCCAAAACAUUCAUAGGUUCUAAUGUAAACUAAUUCUAAUAAUGGUAAUAGUAACAAUGUGGUGAACCAGAAAGAAAAUGGAUAACUAAUUCAACAAGAAAUGUUUUUCAAGCAUGCAGUUAAUAUAUUUUUUUGGAGUACAGUACAUGUACAAAUUCCAUUUAAUUUGUUAUGAUUAAGUGAAAUACAUUAAUACUGAGGCAAUAACUCUGGUUUUCAAUUUUGUUUCAAUGACACCACUACUACUAUGUACAGUAGGCUAGACAUAAACAUCCUAACUGUUCUUCCUUGAGAUGUCCACGAUAAAAAUGAAAAUGCUCAACAAUGAACCAAACAACAUUGGCAACAAUCCUGAUGUACCUGUGCUUAGUACAAACCAAUAGAGUUGUAUGUCUUGUUGCUAACUUUAUCUGCUUCGCUCCUAUAAAGUAGGACUUGUGGGAAUCAAAUCCGGCAAUUGGACGCAGAUGCUUACUCUUCUUAUUUCCAUGUCUGUAAAUUUAACGAGAUGUACUCACCCUUUUCUCAAGCACAACUAUUUUGUGAACACACUUUAUGUGAACAGACAGUGACAAUGGUGCAAUAUACAGUAUUGUUCAAGGUUUUCCUGUUAACUAAAUGGAGUGCAGUCCUGAAUCAGCAAAAACAGACACUCUUCAUUGUUAUGUGUUGAGCUUAAUACGUUUUGUGUGCCAGUGUACAGACACAGCGUUGUCUGACUAGUAACGGCAAAGCAUACGAACUCAGUCUGAAGUGUGAUGUGGGGAAAGAGGUGGAGGUUUGGCUUAAUGCAGUGGGAUUUGGUUUGUGGUUCUAACAUACCGGUAAAUUGUGAGAAUGCAGGACAAGACAGGUAAUUAGUAGUAACUUAAGACGCAUGUAUACGCCAUAGGAAAGAGUUGUCCUCCACUGAGUUUGUAUACAAGUAAAUGUUGUCCAUUUUGAUCCCAGAGGUCAACAUGUAAAUUUCCCCAGAAGUUGCUGUGCUUUAGUUAUACCACAGCAUUAUUUAUUGAAAGUUAUUGAAAGUUAGAAUAAACUUUAUUGAAAGUUAUUUCAUAAUUUUCAAUCUAUUUCUUAAUUUCUUAAUUUAAAAUUAAUUAAGCUGGACCGUCUGCUUCAAACAUUCCAAAUAUUUAACACAUUCCAUAAGGCCACUGGCUUCAUAGGAUCAUGGAUAUCCAUAUGGCCACUGGCUUCAAAUAAUCAUGGACAUCAAAUGACAAAUUUGUCGCUAGUAUGUGUAAAGAAUGCCUUUGAUGUUCUUCUCUUCCUGUAAGGAAAUUGUGCUUGAAAAUCCUUUUUAAUUGUUGAGGUAGAUAAAGAUUCAACACAUGACCAAGUAAAUGUCAAUAGCUAUCUUGCCUGCCAUGUACAGAAAAAAAAGUCCAACAUGUAAUCAAAGGGAAAAAUGUAAUGCAUUAUAGCAGCUAGCUAGCUAACUUAUAGGUUGCUAGGUAACAGAUAGCUUGUGAAGCCUUUAUUUGGGAGUGAACAAGCUAGUUAGCUAGCUAUUGAGCAUUUGUCAAUAAUGCACAAUCUGGGAUAAUAAUAUUUGCUUGCAAACCAAUACAUGUUGAGUACACUAGACAAGUGCCAAGCAGUUAGACGAUGGUAUUUGUGAAACUGCCACUGUUUAUAUCGGCCCAGUGUUGAUGCUAGUUAGAUUCAAGAUUAGCCGUUAGAAACCUGCCAGGUGUGAUUCUGGGGCCUUACUAAUGUAGUAGCAGUGAAAUAGAGAAGAAAGAUUAGCAUGACGUAAAACCUAGCUACAUAGUGCGCUCUCAAACUGUCCUGCCAAUUGCCUACAAUGUUUAAAGCUAGACAUAUGAAAGCCACAACAUUGAGGUCAUUUAUAGAGCACAUUUAUUGAACUUCCUGUGAUGUUUAUGUACUUGUGAACUGCCUUCAGCCACUUAUUUAUCAAUGUGCUAAAACUUAGCUGAAAUGAACGACCAAUACUUGUUGGUAUUAUACAAUUACUGUAUACUACUUUUCUAUUUAUUAGUUGUUGGCACAUGCAUUCAUCGACAGCAUUCAAUUCAUCAUUGACAUGUUUUAUUCUAUUAAAAACCAAAGAAUAGUCUUGUUAGUGAUAGAAUGUCUCAUAUUUUCUAUUUCUUUAUCUCAUGUUUUUUCUUUAUUUCAAAUUCUCAGGUAUUUUAGCUUUUCGUUUGUACGUUUUUAUUCAUAUUUUGUAGUGAUCAUGUAAUGACCACAACUUAUUUUGAAAUUGCAGUAUUUUGUUGUUAGGGACCAAGCACACCACAUCAUUCAUUUACGAGGAUAAUGGAUAGAUGGCAUAGAUCUGGUUUGCCCCUUAUACAUUUUUUUAUAGAACCAACCCGACAAGGUUUUCCAGCAACUUACAGUUGUCUGAAAUCCUGUCAAAGUUCCAGAUUUCCUACUUGGAACAACACAUUGUAGAAUUCUAAACAGUCAUGAAAGUGCUCAGAAAGAAAAACAGUCACCUUCACCUUUCAUCUACAAAAUGGCAUCUCUGCCUAUUUGUCAUCAUCACCUAAUCGCAAACAAAUGCCACUUAUUGACGAAUGGCUGAAAAACAAGUCACAUGUCUAAAAUGGUUCUUUGUUUGCUAUUCUAGUAGACACCAUGCCAGAUUACUGUUGAUCCACUCUUUCUCGCCCUUCAAGUUAAACCAUUCUUUCAUUUCACCCCUCAAUUAACCAUCGAUAUGAUAAAAACUGCCUGACAAAAAUCUCACUUAAAACAUUCCUAUGUUGUGACUUGAAUGUAACUGUCUGAUGUUUCUAUCUUUGCAUUGUCUUCAACUGUUUCCUCUGUGUUGAGAAGAUGCUUAUCCUGGUGCAGUUUUCUGUCUGUAUCGUUCCUGUUUACGUCCACUGGUGGUUGUACUUCGAGAAAUCUGUCUCUUUAGUAUUUUUUUGUAUUGUAAAAUGUUCUUACCCUUCUCCCUCUCUCUCUCUCUCUCUCUCUCUCUCUCGCUCUCUCGCUCUCUCUCUCUAUUUGUUGACAAUUGUGUGCAUGCUUAUGGUGUGCGAUGUACUGUAGGCAAGGUUGUUAAGAUAAUUGUUUGUGUCUUCUGUGUUGAAAAGCUCCACCUGACAGCCUCCCUGCAUGCCAUUUUAGGCUGAUCUUUUAGUCUCUGUAACAUUCCUGCCAAAAUGGAAUCACCGCACACUCUGAGAAUAAAGUGAUUUCAUAUAAUUGUU